AUGGACGGCGAAAGAAAAAUUAACUGUGAAGGUGUCCCACUAAACUCGGCAGGUGCGGCGAAUAUUUUUUUGAACACGGGUAAAAAUCCGAAAGUAAAAGAGGGGACUGUCAUUCAUCUGAACACAGAAAAACCCUCAGAUGUUGGCGUGCAUAUUAAUACGACACUGUCAAUAGCGUCGUCUAAGAAAAUUAAGCUUUUAUUUAUAUUUAACUUUUUACUUAGUAUACUAUGUGUCAUAAUCAGCUGUUCCAUUGCAUUUUAUUAUUGGAAUGAGAUGAUAUCCAUGAAGAAGCAACUUGAUGUACUCAAGGAUCAGUUUUUGAUACAAAAUGUAAGAGAUGGUAUAUUAAAUCAAAAUAAGGCUGUACAAAGUCCUUUGGUAUCACAAUUGCGGCCACACAUGAGAGGCUUUGAAGCAAGAGAACCUAGAAUGGAAGCACCUUCAUUAAAAGACCAAUUAUCACCAAAUGCAAGGAGAUAUUAUGUAGAAAACCUCGGGGAUGACAUGGUUCUUUUAGAUUCAAGUAAAAAAGAUGCUAGUCAUGAUAAAAGUCCUUAUGAUCUCUCAAUUUUCCAAAAAGAGACUCUAGUUGUUCAAUUUAAUGGUAAUGCGCCGGAGAUAAACCUGGGGGUGCAAGCAAUCAUAGGACCAUGGGUGCGCGAUACGGACAUCUCAUCAAAGGGCAGCGAGGAUAAAAUAGAACUUAAGACGGACUAUUUCAAUAUUAAGGAGUCCGGGCUGUAUUUAGUGUAUGCACAAGUGAGUAACAAAAAUAGAAUCGGAAUCGGAAUGCGCUAA